UGACGUCACGUGGUCGCUGUCGCUGCCUCCAUGCUGGAGUUGAUGUAAAGGCCGUGUGGACUGGUCAUUGUGCCGGUGUUUGAGAUUCAUUGAUCGGAUAAGCGGCGAUUAAACGGAUCUGUCAGCAGACAUGUCGUACUGCAAGCAGGAAGGUAAAGAUCGCAUCAUAUUUGUCACCAAGGAGGAUCAUGAAGCACCUAGUAACGCUGAGCUUAUCGAAGAUGAUCCGAAUGAUCCAUAUGAGGAUCACGGUCUUAUUCUCCCUAAUGGUGAUAUAAACUGGAACUGCCCAUGUUUGGGGGGUAUGGCCAGUGGCCCUUGUGGACAGCAGUUCAAGGACGCCUUUUCUUGUUUCCAUUAUAGUAAAGAGGAAGUAAAGGGUUCAGAUUGUGUGGAAAACUUCCGGAGUAUGCAGGAGUGUAUGCAGAAGUACCCUGAGCUCUACCCUCAGGAAGAUGACAAUGACAGCGCCCCCUCUGGUGGGGCGGAUACUGCACCCACUGACUCUGUCCCUACAUCCCCUCCUGAUUCCACACCAGUAACCACAGAAAACCCAGCAGCUAGCUAAUAUUAUUUUGGCUUCAAUCCCUUCACACCUCCCAGCAAAGACCGCUCCACUUUUGAGUAUGAAGAGAUAAUAUCUAACUAUGCCACUGGAUCGAUGCUCUCCACCUGACUGCAGGAAACCCAUUAAUGUCAAGUUUUGUGAAUCAAAUAUUUGAAUGACAUUAACAUGCACUUAAGGGACCUAUGAAGAAAAGAGGAUCUGUGUGAAUGGCAGGUCGACUUGCACUUGGCCUGUGAAACAUUAGCUGCCAUUUGAACCGUCCGGCUUUGUAUUUUCUGGUUAUCAUUUGCUCCACAAUCUAAGCUUAGCUUGUUUGACUUGUGUGCUACAACAGAUCAAAGGCCAGUUGGCAUUGGGGAUCGAAUAUAAAAAACAAAUCAACAUUUCAUGUGCUGUUUUGUUGUAGAACAUGAUAAAACAGUUUUAUGAUGAAGAAAUAA